CUCCAAGCACUGCUCCUCCUUAGAACCACAUCUUGAUAUCUCAAGAAUGAAUCUAGCUGUGGAGAACCAGGGUGCCGGUUUAGUUGUAUAUGAAGAUGUUCUGUACAUAACCAAACCAUGUGAUAGCUGGAAGGGGAUUGCCAAGCAAACUCUCCGACGAUGCAUCCAUGGAUACAGUCCUGCCCGCAGGGUUGCAUGGGGUAUCGAGCAUGGGGGUAGGCGUUUCCUCGGCUGUCCUCUAGAUGGAGAUGAAUGUGCAUGGACAUGUUGGGUUGAUCCUAAGAAUGCAUCUCCAAUGAAGAACUACCUGGCUAGCCUUCAUCUUGACAUGGAAAAUACAAUGGUCAAACUAGAAGAUGCCAAUGAAGAGAAAAGUAACCGAGAGAACUUUUUCCUUGUAAAGAAUAAGCUGCUGAAUGAUCGAUUGCUGUCCAUUACUGCUGAGUCAAAGAAGAAAGACUACGUAAUACUAUUGUUGAUUUCAUGUCUUGUGAUAAUCAUUAGUGUUUACUAUCAGUGAACCUCUUUUAUAGCUCAUUGUACUAUUAUUCAGCACCAGAUUUCAUGCUUCUAUGUACUCGCUUCAGUAUCAAUACAUUUCAGUAUUUCAUAUAAUGAAAAAACAAAUUAUAUA